AACAAAAUAUCUCAUCUGCUUGUGUGCAUCGGUUUGCAGUGGAUAAAAAAUUGAUUUCCAAUAACCUCACUUUGUGUGAACAUAACAGUCCACGUGAUUCUUACAAAUAUUGUUUUUAUUCUAAAGUACGAAAGUCAAGGACUAAAGUGUAACUAUAUAUUAGCACAAUUUUACGAACUUUUCAUGAUUUGUUUAUGAAUGGAAUGUAAAGCACAUGUGGUCAUCGUAAAUUCCUUCUGACAAUAAUAUCACAAGUAGAAUGUCUCAGAAUUUCCGUUUUGUCCGGAAGUACGUUGGAGGAUUAAAAGCAGCUAUCUUGGAUUGGAGUGGGACUACUGCCGACAAAUAUGUGAUUGCACCGGCCGUUGUCUUCGUUGAGGUUUUUGAUAAACAUAAGGUUCCAAUUUCCAUGAAAGAAGCUCGUCUGCCCAUGGGUUUACGCAAAGAUCUACACAUCAAAGCUAUCACUGAGAUACCGGAAGUGAAAGAUCGCUGGCGAUCUGUAUACGGCCGGGAUCCAAACCAAGGUGACGUUGAUAAUAUGUUUAAAGACUUUGUUCCAAUGCAGCUGAACUGUCUCAAUAAAUACACAGAACUUAUUCCUGGUACCGUAGACGCUGUCAAUACUCUCAAGAAAGAAUAUGGAAUGAAAAUUGGGAGUACGACGGGAUUUAUCCGAUCCAUGGUGGAUGUUUUGUUGGAGGACGCAAAGAAACAAGGAUUUCAUCCGGAUUGUACCGUAGCUGGUGACGAAGUUGCCAAUGGUGCCAGGCCAAAACCAUUCAUGGUUUACCGAAAUCUAGAUCUUCUAGACGUUCACCCAAUCCAAGCGGUUGUUAAAGUUGACGAUACUAUUUCCGGUGUAGGCGAGGCGCUUUCAGCCGGAUGCUGGGGUGUCGGAUUGGCGCGUUAUAGCAAUUACAUGGACGUUGAUAGCUUUGAACACGAGAAAACUUUAAGUGAGGAAGAAAUUCAACGAAGAUUGGAACAUUCCAGAGACUUAUUGCGCAAAAGCGGUGCGCAUUACGUCAUUGACACGAUAGUAGAUUUACCGGAAGUUGUAGCGGAUAUCAAUACGAGGUUAGCGCGUGGAGAAAGCCCAUAGAAUUGCUAUUCUUUCGAACACCACAAUGGUGCCUGAACAGUUUUGUUCAGAAAGACAAAAUCAUGCAAAUAAAUAUUACAUCAUUAGUCUAAAACUGCAUGUAUAUAGAGAAUCUAAUGUCAUUUCAUAAUUAAAUAGAAAUGCCUGUUUUUUUCCUGUAUCAGGUAAUUUUGCUGUACAUGUGAAAAUGAAUAAACAAAUCUAGAUGUCAAAUAAUCAUAACAGAUUUUAUCCAUUUUAUCUUUGGACUUACAGAGGAGAGAAAUCACCGGGCGCAUUUCAUUUAUAACCUUGUCGCCAAAAAGCACACUGAUGUAUUUCCCAUCUAAAUACAUGCAUCUCAAUACAUUCAAUACAUGCACAUAUAUAUGGGACAUCCUUGGUCAAGUGGUUAUAGUCGUUUACUUCAAACCACUUGCCUCUCACCGCUGUAGGUUCGAGCCGUGCCAGUGUCUUCGGGUUCUUCAUGAUAGAAAGCUAUCCAGCUAGCUUACGGAACGUCGGUGCUGGUUUGUGCCUGAAAUAAUAUAUACAGGGUGCACACCAGUAACGCUGGAAAGUCGCCAUACUGUGUAUGUGCGACGUUAAUCCCAAUAAAAAUGCACAUGUUAUAGAUUUAAAAAACACACCUUAAUUAUCACUUGGGACAUUUUAUAUGUAUUUCAUCUAAACUUAUAGAAAAUUCACCAUGAAUAGAUAUUACUCGUUUGGUUUUGUAAAGUAUUGUCCCAAAUGUAUGUCGAUCAGGAUGUUGGCUUUUUUUAAAUGCAAGAUUCAAAAUGAUAUUCGUGGUUAAGGCCUUACUAAGGUCACAAUGUGCUAUGACAUUGAUCUGCAAUCCUGUUGAAAAUCAAUCGAAAUAUCGUUUGUACAACCUUCACAGUCAUUUAUAAUUAAAUUGUCUUUUUUUGUCCUUACAAAAUGUUCAUGUGCAAGUGCAGAUAAUACGAAAACGAGGUCAGUGUUUUUUUCCGUUUGAAACAUUCCUGUUCUCGUAUUUAAAGAUUCAGAUAUAUAUAUAUUCUACAAUACAGUUUUUAUAUAUUUUUGUUUGUACUCUAUAUAACUACAUGUAUAUGGCAAAGGCAUUUUAAUAAUUGUGCAAAUUGGCGUCAUAAUAGAAAAGACGUUGACGUGCCGACGAUCGUUUGACAAGUUUGAUGAUAUAAGUGUAUAAAUUAAUAUAAGUUUCUUUUCAAUCUAUAAACCAAUUUUAAUAAGAAGCAGUGGGCCUUUGUUUAAACCGCAGCAUCAGAUAACGUGCAAAAUGCAAAA